GCAACAUUGCAUGGAUCAUAAACUGAGAUUUUUUAAUUUGCAAGGACUUUUUAUAAGAUUUCAAGCGAUUAUAUUGCGCGUAAGAUGAGUUGCUUUUCUUGCUUUUCAUCCCAUGAAAAGAAAUCAUCUAACACAAGAUCAAAUAGUGGGAGGAGAGCACAAUUGCCUACCACUGUUUCUCAGAAGGAACACAAUGUUCCACCAGCACAACAGCCUCGGCCACCCCCAGCUGAAGUUCCUAAACCAAAACCUACACCACCAGCUGAGAAUCCAGUAGCCAAUGCCCAUAAUGUCAAUAAAGAACCCGUAAACCACAACAACAUUGCUGCGCAAACUUUCACAUUCCGGGAAUUGGCGACAGCGACCAAGAACUUCAGGCAAGAAUGCCUCAUUGGAGAGGGCGGAUUUGGAAGAGUUUACAAGGGAAAACUUGACAAAACAGAACAGGUUGUGGCUGUGAAGCAACUUGACAGGAAUGGCUUGCAAGGAAACCGAGAGUUUCUUGUCGAGGUGUUGAUGUUGAGCCUCUUACACCACGAAAAUUUAGUAAAUCUUAUCGGAUAUUGUGCAGACGGUGAUCAGAGACUUCUUGUCUACGAGUACAUGCCCUUGGGAUCUGUGGAAGACCAUUUACUAGAUCUUCCGGAAGGCCAGAAGCCACUAGAUUGGUUCAAAAGAAUGAGAAUAGCUCUGGGAGCUGCCAAGGGACUAGAAUACUUGCAUGACGAGGCAAAUCCACCUGUUAUCUACCGCGAUUUAAAAUCUUCCAACAUUUUACUCGACAAUGAUUUCAAUGCAAAACUCUCCGAUUUUGGUUUAGCUAAGCUUGGACCUACUGGAGACAAGACUCAUGUAUCUUCAAGAGUAAUGGGAACAUAUGGUUAUUGUGCCCCAGAGUAUCAAAGAACAGGACAGCUCACGGUCAAGUCCGAUGUCUACAGUUUCGGAGUUGUGUUGUUGGAAUUGAUCACUGGAAGAAGAGCAAUUGACACCACACUAUCAACCAGGGAGCAAAAUCUAGUUGCUUGGGCACAACCAGUAUUCAAGGAUCCUAAUAGGUAUCCAGAACUAGCUGAUCCACUUCUUCAAGGAAACUUUCCUGUGAGAGCACUAAAUCAAGCCAUGGCAGUUGCAGCAAUGUGCCUCCACGAGGAAGCACCUGUUCGUCCCUUGAUAAGUGAUGUGGUCAGUGCUCUUAGUGUCCUCGGGACAGGUCCGGACACAGCUACCUCGCCUGUAAGCAGCCUUCCCUCUCCAUCACCGGAUCAAACAAUGGUCAUAAACGAGGAUUCUCAGCUCGAAGACAGUGUAACUGAACGCCAACGCGCUGUGGCAGAAGCCAUGGAAUGGGGUUCGAGCUCAAGGCACAAUGGAGUGGUAGCAUCACGGUGUGGAAGUACUUCUUCCUUGUAA